CUUUUCUCUCUCUGUCUUCUCGAGGAAAGGCACAAAUUUGCCUAGAGGCAAUGGCUACUUCACGCCUCGUGGUGCACCCCAGUGUACAGGCGGCACUGGCUGCGCGCAAGGCCGUCGUCGCCCUCGAGUCAACAAUUAUCACCCAUGGGUUUCCUUCGCCCGCCAACCUGGGCGUGGCUCUCGCCGCAGAAAAGGCCGUCAGGGACGCCGGCGCGGUGCCAGCCACUGUGGCGCUCCUCGAUGGUAAGGCGCACGUUGGUCUUGAUCGAGCGCAGAUCGAGCGCUUGGCAGAGGGUGGACCGGCAAAGGCGGUGAAGACGUCAAGGAGAGACCUCGCCUCUGUUCUGGCCAAGGGAAGGGGAAGCGUAGGCGCAACUACCGUCUCAGGCACCAUGAUCCUCGCUCACAUGGCAGGUGUUGAUGUCUUUGGCACGGGCGGCAUUGGUGGCGUUCAUCGAGGAGGCGAGGCGUCGAUGGACGUGUCUGCGGACCUCACCGAGUUGGCACGAACGCCCGUGGCCGUCUUCUCCGCUGGCGCAAAGUCCAUCCUCGACAUUCCACGUACACUCGAAUACCUCGAGACACAAGGUGUCAGUGUCCACACCUUUGCCUCUUCAGGCCAGUUCCCAGCCUUUUACACGGCCUAUUCAGGCUGCCGCGUACCUCAGGUCGACGGGCCAAGAGACGCCGCGAGGUUGAUUCUCGAGAGCAAGAGGCUGGGCCUGACGAGCGGUAUUGUCUUUGGGGUGCCAAUUCCAAAUGAGUACGAGGCUGCAGGACAGAAGAUCCAAAAGGCUGUUGAGCAGGCCGUUGCCGAGUCCGUCGAGCAGGGCAUUGAUAAGCGCGGCAAAGAGGCCACUCCAUGGCUUCUCAAGCGCGUCAGCGAGCUGGCAAGCGAGUCGUUGACAAGCAACAAGGCUCUCAUGCUCAACAGCGCUACCAUGGCGGCAAGGACGGCCGUCGAACUUCAGGAUCUGAUCAAGAUGGAAGAAGAAGCGGCCAAGGAGAAGAGCGCCAAAGUGUACGCCAGCUCAGGCCUCGAAGCUAUUGGCCAGGAUACAGACAAGAGCCUGGUGAGUAGUGAGCUCAGAGAGCCCGCUGCUCACAUCGUUGUCGUCGGUUUCGCUGCUGUCGACAUCACCUCUCAAUCAACAACUUCCAAGAAAUUCUCUGCAACAACAUACCCAGGUAGAAAUCAUCUCUCACUAGGCGGCGUAGCCCGCAACAUGGCGGAAUGCGCUCAUCGCCUUUUCCCCUCCUAUGGACCAUCCUCGCGUGGACCUUCCCCAUCUGCCGUUCGGCUAGUAUCACCCGUCUGCCAGGAUGCCCUGGGAGACUAUCUGCUGCGAGAAACCGAGAAGCUCGGGAUGCGAACCGAUGGCUUCUUUCUCACUUCGUCAUCAAUCGCUGCCGACAAGGACGGAAAUAGAACGGCAAGCGUCUCCCUGCAGCUCGACGGUGCAGGUGACCUCAUCUCAGGCGUUGCAGACAUUGACCCAUCAAGCUUUUCAACGAGUGACGUGGCGAGACAACUCUCGCCCUUGAUCAAGGUUCCUACGAUCCUAGCCUUUGACGCCAAUCUAAGCGCAGAUACAAUGGCCGAGAUCAUUAAGCUCUCCCUUUCGACGACGACUGCCUUAUACGAGCCGACCUCGGUGCCUAAAUGCACAGCUCUCAUCGAUGCCGUGGCUUUGCUGCAGCGUCAAGGUCGCCUCCCACCGAUGGAAACGUCAGAUGACAAUGACAGGAGAAGAAGAUGGGGCGUAGAUGUCAUGACGCCCAACGAAUUUGAGGUAGUUCGCAUGGCCUCACGCACCUCCGAGCUCGGUCUCCAUCGAAUUGUCAGAGAGGACGAAAGCGUGCGCAAGGAAGCGCAUGGCGUCCAGACGGAAGCAUCCGUCUAUGCGGCCGCCAUGUCUCUGUGCGACGCUAGUGGGUCCGUCUUACUCGUAAAAGGCGGCGCGAGAGGCGUCCUGGUCGUCUUGCCUCCUUCGACAGAGCAAGAGGCGAGACCGAGGAUGUUCAGGGUGCCUGCUCAGAAGGUGCGCCAAGAGAUGAUCGUCAGCACGACAGGUGCCGGCGACACAUUCGCGGGUUCCAUUCUUGUCGAUUUAGCCCUUCGCCAGCGGCCGCUCUCGCAAGAGUCACCCUCAGCCGUGGAACAAUGGUGGAGGCAAGCUGUCGAGCGUGGACAAGAAGCUGCUGCAAUCACUCUGGCGUCUCCGCUCCCAAUCUCGCCGCUGCUGGACACUUCCGAGCUCUUCUCUCUUUCAAGGCAGAAGUGAUAUGUGCUUAAUGCUUGGAUAUGGAUGGUAAUACAUGGGAGAAAAUCUAGAAUGC